CAGAGUAACAAUAUCAAGAAAAAAUUACAACCUUGUCCUAUUUGGAUCAUGUGACAACAUUCAAACUACAAAGGACCAGACAAAACAAAUGAAGGCAAAACAACAAUACCAUACAACAACAAAAACAGCGAGCUGCGAAUUGCAGGCAUGUACAUAAUGAAAAAUAAGAGUGCAAUAUAAUGAAAACUACACAAAGAAGACUGUUCAUUGAGGGGUGAAAAAUGUAAAAAGCAUUAGCAGCAUUAGCCAAUUCGCUGCUGAAUUCAUCAGUACGUAUUAAACAAUAUAAGUAGAGCAAAGUCACAUGCAGUUAGUAAAGGAAGACAUUAUUUAAAUUACAUUAAGAAUACUAGAUAUAAGUACGGUCUUUUCAACUCAAAAUAAACACUUCAUAUUUUCACCGCAAGUGUUGUUUAACUAUUUAACAUUUUUAAACAUGCAUACGCUUUUAAAAACUUUUAUUCAGUGCGGCCACUUACCGUGUUUUCUUCGCGAGAGGUGAAAUAACGUAACUUGUUUUCGUCGCAAGGGUUGACGACAUUUCCGGUCUGAGGGGAUUGAGAGCUGCGGUAUUGCGUCAUUUCCUGUCUGCGGGAUGGGUACUGAGAAGAGCGGCGCAGGGUACUGAGAGAGGCGGGCUGCAGCCAGACUCCUCUCGAUUUUUUUGUUUUGUUUUGUUAUAAAUGAAUAAAUAAACCAUAUGGAAACAAUAACACAUUUGACUUUGAAGAUUAAAUAUACAAUAUAUGAUGAAAAAAAUGUUAUUUUUUAAAUUAUUAAUUAAUAACACCCCCUGACACCUUGCUAACGAGUCACGCUGAAUAAGGCACGAUUAGAAAAGAAAAGUAAACUGUUGACAGAGGAGGGGUGGCACAAAAAUGAAUUAGCGAUUUUUUCUUUAUAAAAGCUGUGACAUUUUCAAAAAUUUAAUUCGAGGUCGAAAAUUAAGAUGAUUGUCCUUUGUUGUCUUCAAAUAGAUUUUUCAAGAUGGACCAUUUUUAACAUGGAUUGAUUCAUGAACAACUACUACAUGAAGUGUUGGAUGAAAUGGCAAAUGCAGAUAGCGAGGUGAGAACGCUGCUGAAUUUCGUGAAUCUGGCAUCCAGUGAUAUCAAGGCGGCUUUGGAUAAGUCGGCCCCGUGCAGACGCUCGGUGGACCACAGGAAGUAUCUGCAGAAACAGCUCAAGCGCUUCUCUCAGAAAUACUCCCGGGUGCCGAGAUGUCACCCGCUCAGGUCCGCUCAGUGUGCCAAGCCAGUUGCCGGCCUUCAUGGCACGCAGGGGCAGGAAAAGGAUGCCGGUGGCUGUGGGCACACAAGUACAGACAAAGUGGGGGUCACUGAAAAACAGGUGCCCAUGAGGAAACGCCAGCUCCCGGCCUCUUUCUGGGAGGAACCCAAGCUGAGCAAGAGAGAGCACUCCCACUCAGGGCUGAGAAAGAGUCACGCCGCCUCGUUGGAGACAAAAGAACACUGGAAGGGAGGUCAAGAGGAGGACGCCAAGGUCACGCUCUCCAGAGACGCGCUCAAAUUAGAGCGGAACUCUCACCGGGACUUGAACCUGUGCGCCUGCUGCCCUUUCCAGAGUCACCAGCACCAAUACCACCAGAUUCUCCAUGGUCACAUUGUGGUGCCACAUCCAGCUCUGGGACUGUGGUGCAAGAAUGAGCCCGAGAGAGCGGAACAGCAGCACGGACUGAAGAUUCAUCCUCACGUGGUGGUCAAACCUAUACCAACCAAGCCCACAGUCCCUUCCCCUAUCUUCAGCGUGUUUGGCUUCAUUUAAAAAGUAAACAAGACAAAUUAUGUUCUACCCAGCAAUCAAUAAUGAGACUUCCUGAAGCACUUAAUGGAAUACUUGGGUCUAUUUUUGCUCACUCCUAGAGGACUAAAAUGCACUUCUUCAUUCUCUCUUUCUCUGAUGCCAGACAGUGAGUUGACAGGUUUCUAUUUUUAGGACUUUUUGAAGACCUCUCAAGGUCUCCUUCAUCUUAUGAGAAUAGAAAUGUGAGAAAUAGAAUUGCUUUUUUUGUGUGUCACAGUAAUGUUUGAUAAGGCCCCUUUCAUAUCUUAAAUAAAUGAUUCCCACAAAAGGUCCCAUGGGCUUAAGUUAAUUUUUAUCCCUCAGUGAGGGUUCCUGUGAUAUUAAAAUCAUAGAAAAAAAUAAAAUAAAAAACAUCUUAAAGAGGAGAAAGUC